UGCUGUAAGGUUAACACUGCCAGGUUUAAACACAUUAGGAAUUUAAAAAAGUAAUCAAAAAGUAAUAAAAUGUAAUAAGUUACAUUACCUUGAUAAAGUAAUUUAAAAAGUUACACUACUAUUACAUUUUAAAUAGGGUAAUUUGUAAUCAGUAACCUAUUACAUUUUCAAAGUAACCUUCCCAGCACAGCAUAUGAAAUAGAUGUCUCACAAAUCUUCAGUGUCUUGUACACCCACACAGGUGUUUUCACUUGUUGCUAAUUAGACCUCUGCUUAUGGAGAGGUUGGGCAGGGAAUUGUAAGAGGUCUCCAAACUGCAUCAACCAAACUGCAACUUUAGGUGCCUAAACAGCAGCUGGGGAGAUUAGAGAGGAGAGGACACCGACACACACACAUAGACCCUUCCUCACAGCAACAAGGCCGGCCAGGAUAAAUCCGGUUCAGACUGGACUGGGCUCUCAUCAGAAGCACCUUUGACUGGAUCCAGUAUGUCCAAACACCUUCAGCCGACAAAGGAUCACCUCGACUGGACUCAGAAUUUUUAAUCACCCCUUAUGUACGCGGAUCUGCAGCAACCUCACAUUGGAACUUGUCUUUUGUUGGGACCUCUAUUCCCACACAGCUUCAUUUUGGGGUCCAGACUGAAUCUCGUGCAACUCAAGAACUGGUCCUUCUGGUGGUAGUUUAGACUCACUUUAUACACUGACUGGUCUGUACUAAUCUUGCCAUGAGCUGUUUUGGGUACCGUCGAGAGCUGAGCAAGUACGAAGAUGUUGACGAGGACGAGCUUUUGGCUUCCCUCAGCCCUGAAGAGCUGGCUGAGUUGGAAAAGGAGCUGGCGGACAUUGAUCCUGACGCCAACGUCCCCAUAGGACUCAGACAGAGAGACCAGACGGACAAGACCCCGACGGGUACUUUCAGCAGAGAGGCCCUCAUGAAGUAUUGGGAAAACGAGACGCGUAGACUGUUGGAGGACGAGAUAGGUGGAGGGAGCCCAAAACUGGAUGAAGAACAAGAGGAGUGUGUGACAGAAGAAAACAGCGGAGCAGAGGAUGAAAAAGAUGUUGAAAAUGAGAAAGAACCAAAGUAUGAAGAACAAAAGGAGAAUGAAGAAGAAGAGGAGGAGGAGGAUGAAGAGGAGGAGGAGAGUGAGGAAGAGGAGGAAGCUGAAACAGAGGAGGAGGAAAAUGAGGAGGAACAAGAUAAUCAAUUAAAACCUGAACCAUCAACGAAUUCUGGGGUGCUGACGUCAACAGCCGACACCCCGAUGCUACUGAAGCCGCAGAGGGUGGACCCUAUGAGACUGACUCCUCCCCCUCCACCUGCUGAUCCAAACGUGACCGGAAACCCAACCGUUGUAGAUGAAGCUCUCCAGCGAGCUCUUCGCAACGACCCUGAACUCACAGAAGUUAAUCUCAACAACAUUGAUGAUAUCUCACAGGAAACCCUCAUCCGAUUUUCUGAAGCAUUGAGGUCCAACACACACGUGCGGGUCUUCAGCCUUGCAAACACCCGAGCCGAUGACCCUGUGGCUCUGGCCAUUUCUAAGAUGCUGAGGGAGAACUCGUCCAUCACCAGUGUGAAUAUAGAGUCCAACUAUGUGACUGGAAAAGGCGUAAUGGCGCUGGUUCAAGCACUUCCAGGAAACAACACCCUGACUGAGCUUCGGUUCCACAACCAGAGACACAUGUGUGGAGGACAGGUAGAGAUGGAGAUGGUGAAGAUUCUGAGGGAAAACUACACCUUGAUCAAGCUGGGCUACCAGUUCAACCUGCCUGGUCCCAGGAUGAGCAUGACGGGGAUCCUCACCAGAAACCAGGACCGCCAGAGACAGAAACGGCUGCAGGAGCAGAGGCAGCAGGGCCAACAGGGGGGCUCAGAGGGAGCUGUUAACCCCAGAACCACUGCACUGAAAGGAACUCCUCGUUCAUCACCUUACAGCUCACCCAGAGGCUCCCCUUGGUCCUCACCCAAACUCCCCCGGAGUGACCUGGCUAAAAAACAGACUCCUCCUGCUCCACCUCCUCCUCCCCCUCCACCGCCUCCUCCUCCCCUACCACCUCCCCCACCUCCUCUUCCGCAGCGGGAGAAGAAGCCCACUAGGAUGAUUGCGGAGGUCAUCAAGGCGCACGAGGCGGGCAGCAAGACGGUGAGAAAGACAAAAGGUAAGAAGAGCAAGAAGGGGAAGGAGAAGGAGUUGGGAAAGGAUGAGACGAGUAGCAUCCUGAAGGAGCUCAAAAAUGCACUGAGGCCCACGUCGGUGGAUAGGAGAGGGGAGGAGGGCAGCAGGCCGUCCACGCCAUUGAGGUCAGCCCACGACCAGCUGAUGGAGUCCAUCCGCAACAGCAGCAUCCGCUGCUUGAAACGGGUGGAAGUCCCACAUCAUCUACGAUAAUACAAGCAGAAAUAAAAAAGGUCUAUCCGUUGCCACUGAAAUCGGGGAGUCAGUAUAAUGACACGAUGGAGUGACCAACAAUGAUGGAUGAUGACAUCUAAGAAGGCAAAAACUGAAUUCUUUCUCAUGAAAAAGAAUAGCUUUACAUUUAUGAAUUUUUAAGCUUUUGAGUUUUUUAUUUAUGCAUAAUUGAAAAUGGUAUUUGUAUUUUGUUUUUGAAAAGAGUUGAAUGAACUGUUUACCGAUACGUUUUCUAAUUCACUGUUUUCUUGUAAAAUUGUAAAUAUGAUCUGUUGUUGGUUGAAUUUCUAAAUAUAGCUAUUUGGUGUUUACAAUACUACUUGUCAAAGUAUGUCGUGACUGAUGACUGUUUUCUCAUUCUUCGGUUACUGGAUGAGUUCCAUCUGAAAGAAAAGGGCUAAGCUGUUAUGCAGCAGUAUAGGAAGAACACAGCCUCUGUUUUUCAGUUUUACCAGUGAGUCAGCUUACUGGUCAAGCACUGCUGAUGCAUAGUCCCCUCCAGCACGCUCACAAUACACCCACACCCCAUGUAGCACGUAUUUGAGCUGGGCUUUUGCGCACAAUUCACACUGCAUGACAAGCCGAGGAAAAGAAUAGAAAUAGAAAUAUAGCUACUAGUUCAUCACAGAAGACAUCAGAGAGGAGACGUCAACUUUUAACAAGAGUCACAAGAUCAAAUACAAAGCUGUGGGCUACUUAAAAGCUGCACUCCACAAUGCCUUCAAAGGGAGCCUAUCUCACUUUUGAAAGAGAAAAUAACACACUUCCUCUUAAAAAUGGAAAGUUUAAUUUAUAAGCAGUUAGACACACCUUUGCUCAGUUCAAUACACUGACGGGAUUUGCAGCAACAGCCUUACUUAUUCUGGUAUGACCAGUAGUUUAGGGUGACUAAUGUUAGCAAACAUAUUACUUUGUAACUGACAUGACAGAGCAAAUAUGCCAACUUAAUGACUCCUUUAUCCCAUGAUUGUCACUUAGGCUUUCUUUAAGUGAGGUAAAGUAACAGACCUCUUUCAUAAAUUUUUUUAAAGCGAGCCAAUGUAACUUUUGCCGAAAAGCCUCCACUAUGGGAUAAUGCUAAUGCUAACACGGCAACAGAAGAAGAAAUAUAGAAAACUAAACAAAAUGUUCAUUAUAGUGAUAAUAUCUACCAAAAGCUUGAUAACAGUGGUAAAUGUUAGCCACCAUAAGCUACUGGUUUUGUUGGUGAAUUAAACUUUUCAUUUUUAAGAGUCUUGCUUUAAAUACAAAAUUAAAAUGUGACCAUCAUCAAUAACCAGGUUGAAAUGUCAAGUAAAAAGUUAUAGGUACCAUACAAAACUAUUCUGGACUCAUUCUGGGUCUCUGGGAUUACAAAAAAAUGGACUAGAACUGAAGGAUUUAGCUAAUUAAGAGAUGGGGAUGCUUGUUCCAGAGAGACAUAUAGUCAUGACUUAAAGGGAGGGAGAGACGGACAAACAGAGAGGCGACAUGUUGGGAAGGAGAGACCAAGAGCAUGUGAGGGGGGGAUGACAGAUGAGAGAAUGAAAGCAAGAGACUGAGAGAUGUGAGCUAUUAGCGUCCUAAUCCUGGUCCUUGAUUUGUUUGUUUCCUGGAAGACUUCCCUGACUCCUAAAUCCAGAGUGCAGCUGUUCGAAGCCAACACGGUCAGGGGCUCAGGUGUGGCAACAACAAGAAAACUACAAAUUAUUAUCAUUAUUGCAAACCAUUUCUCAAAGCACACCAGGAGUUUUUAAGAGUGAUUUCCAUUUUAAAGGCAUUCCAUGAAUUUGUGUUGUACAAAAAAAAUCGUCCUUAUUAGAAAGUUGACAAUUGUACUGGGAUGGUAUUGAAAAAUUGGCAAUUCUUAAAUAAUAAUGUGUGGUAAUGCAACUGAAAGCAUAGAUUAUUUUCCUGGUUUGCAGAAGACCAGAAAUUUGACCAGGCCGGAUCUAAUCCACUCUUUCAACUACAGUAACAUGCAAUGAUAUAACUUUUCCAUAACAAAGAAAGGAAAAAACUGAUAUAAAUAUAUAAGCGCACACAAACACACACACACAAAGUUACAGGAAAAGGUAUGUUGCAGGCUCCUAGGCCAAAAAAACAGUCUCCUCAAUUGCCUUUCUAAGGACCGGAGUUCAGUGUGCACACUGCAAUCCAUAGGCUAAGUGUCCUAAGAAUAAAACUUCCUCUACUCAAGCACAGCACUUUGUCAUUUGUCAAACUGUCAAUAGGGGGAUGCUUCCAUAAAAUGUUGGGAUUUCCUGUCUCUGCACUCAGGGUGGUCACUGCAUUAUUCUCAUUUAGAAUUCUUUACAGGAUGGACAGAUGUCUCCAUGCACCAUACAGAAAUGUAAUGGUCAGUCUGAUACUCAACAAAAUUGUUGUAUGCAAGUUUGCAUGUAUUUCUGUAACACUGAACCACAGAAUAAUAAAGUGUUUCAG